GGAUUUCCUGGAGUUUCUGCUGUCAGCCACAUUUCUCUCCAUUGUAUUUUAUGCCGCUCACAUGGUGGAUUUUCCUUCCGUUUCUGAUUCCCAGCUUUCCACAGAGCACAAGGAACGGAUAUGGACACGAAUCACAGUUCUCUUCUCUCCAUUGCUGGUUUCGAAUCAACAAGAUUUUCUUAACUGUCGAUCAUCACCUAAAACAAGACUGUGAAGGGGAAAGCUGCCGUAUAGCCCAGGGAUGAAAAUGAUAUAAUGGCAACAAACCUUACCUACAAACUUUGGUCAGGAAGAAAAUCAAUUCCAGUUUUGGUCGGAUUCGGUGUGAAAUAAACCAUGAGGUCUUCCACCUCCAGAAUAUCAACCUUCUCCUCCAGGGAUUCAUUAUGGAACCGAAUGCCCGAUCAAAUCUCGGUGUCGGAGUUUAUAGCCGAGACGACGGAGGAUUACAACUCGCCGACCACGUCCAGCUUCACGACCAAACUGCUUAACUGCCGAAACACGGCGUCCUUGCUUGAAGAGAAAUACCAUAUUACGCUCCAUACAUUUAUUUGGUGCAAGAUAUCAGCUGUAUGUAUACAGGAAUACAUGUUUUCUGAUUACAAUGGUGGUGUCUCUACCUCUGAACCAGGGGGUCCAGGCUUAAGUCCUACAGCGUGGAGGUGCAGUAGAAGCAGCAAGUCAGUCUGGAAGACUUUAGAUUUGGAUAAAACUGCACUACAAAAGGUGAAGAAAUCGGCAAAAUCAAUAAACACUUCAGGUCAAGAACACGUGCAAAAUGAAGAGAACUAUGCACAAGCACUAGAUAAAUUUGGUAGUAAUUUUUUAAGUCGUGAUAAUCCUGAUCUUGGCACAGCUUUUGUUAAAUUUUCAACACUCACAAAGGAGCUUUCAACGUUGCUGAAAAACUUGCUGCAGAAUCUUAGUCAUAAUGUCAUCUUCACUUUGGAUUCACUAUUGAAGGGAGAUCUGAAAGAUGUCAAGGGGGACUUGAAGAAACCUUUUGACAAGGCAUGGAAGGAUUAUGAAACAAAAUUUGCUAAAAUUGAAAAGGAGAAACGGGAGCAUGCAAAGCAGCAUGGGAUGAUUCGGACUGAAAUUACAGGAGCUGAAAUAGCAGAAGAAAUGGAAAAGGAGCGACGAGUCUUUCAGCUCCAGAUGUGUGAGUAUCUCAUUAAAGUGAAUGAAAUCAAGACAAAGAAGGGUGUGGAUCUGCUCCAAAAUCUCAUCAAAUAUUACCAUGCACAAUGCAAUUUUUUUCAGGAUGGCUUAAAAACAGCAGAUAAACUGAAACAGUAUAUUGAGAAACUGGCUGCUGAUUUAUACAAUAUCAAGCAAACACAGGAUGAGGAAAAGAAGCAAUUGUGUACUCUCCGUGAUAUGCUCAAAUCCUCACUGCAACUUGAACAGAAAGAAGAUUCUCAAAGUAGACAAUCGGGAUACAGUAUGCACCAGCUUCAAGGCAAUAAGGAGUAUGGCAGUGAGAAGAAGGGAUAUCUCAUGAAGAAAAGUGAUGGAAGACAGGAAGAAAUACUUAGAAAUCAGAUGAUGAGUUAUUGUGAACAUUACCACCUCUUAAGCCUUCGAAAAGUAUGGCAGAGAAGAAAGUGCACAGUAAAGAAUGGCUACUUGACAAUAUCCCAUGCAACUACCAACAGACAACCAGCAAGACUGAAUCUACUCACUUGCCAGGUGAAACCCACUGCAGAUGAGAAGAAGUGUUUUGACUUGAUAUCACACAACAGAACCUAUCAUUUCCAAGCAGAUGAUGAACAGGAAUGUCUAGUAUGGAUAUCAGUAUUAACCAACAGUAAAGAAGAGGCAUUAAACAUGGCAUUCAGAGGAGAGCAGAGCAGUGGAGAGAACAGCAUAGAGGACCUAACCAAAGCCAUCAUUGAAGAUGUGCAGCGGAUGCCUGGCAAUGAUGUCUGUUGUGAUUGUGGAGCUCCAGAUCCUACUUGGCUGUCAACCAACCUAGGAAUUUUGACAUGUAUAGAAUGUUCUGGAAUACACAGAGAAAUGGGAGUGCAUAUUUCUAGAAUACAGUCCCUAGAACUGGAUAAAUUAGGAACCUCUGAACUCUUGCUGGCCAAGAAUGUAGGAAAUAAUAGUUUCAAUGAAAUUCUGGAAGCAAACCUACCGCAACCAUCACCAAAACCAAUUCCACAUAGUGACAUGACUGCACGUAAAGAAUACAUACAUGCAAAAUAUGUAGAUCAUAAAUUUGCCAAAAGGUUGUGCACCUCUUCCUUAGCUAAAAUGAAUGAGUUGUUGGAGUCUGUGAAGUCCAGGGAUUUACUUGCACUAAUUCAAGUCUAUGCAGAGGGAGUUGAACUAAUGGAGUCACUACCAGAUCUUGGACAGGAACCAGGGGAAACAGUACUUCACCUAGCUGUUCGAACUGCCGACCGAACCUCACUCCACCUAGUUGACUUCCUUGUACAGAAUAGUGGUAAUCUGGACAAGCCAACUGCAAAAGGAAACACUGCUGUACAUUACUGCUGCAUGUUCGAUAAAGUAGAAUGUUUAAAAUUGCUUCUUCGGGGCAAACCAAGUUUAAAUCUAGUAAACCAAGGUGGAGAAACAGCCCUAGAUAUAGCGAGAAGAUUGCAGCGUCCACAGUGUGAAGAAUUGAUCAGUCAAGCUUCCUUAGGAAAAAUUAAUCCUCAUGUUCACGUAGAAUAUGAGUGGCAGUUACGGCAAGAAGAAAUUGAUGAAAGUGAUGAUGACUUGGAUGUAAAGACCAGCCCUGUAAAAAAAGAACGUUCUCCAAGGCCACAGAGCUGCUGCCACUCUUCUAGUCUCUCCCCACAAGAUAAACUAAUGAUCCCCGGACUCGGCAUAGCACGGGAAAAGCAGCGACUGUCAUAUGGGGCAUUUAGUAAUCAAAUAUAUGGAAGUGGCACCGAUUCUCCAACAUCACCAGCCACUGAUGCCCCUCCACUUCCUCCUAGGAAUCCAAGCAAAGCUCCACAUGGCCCAGUCCCUCCUUCAGUCCUUCCUGUAGGUCCCCAGGUCACAACUGGCAGCUCCACUUUAUCAAAGAAGAGACCACCGCCCCCACCCCCUGGACACAAACGAACCUUAUCUGACCCACCAAGCCCGCUACCUCACGGUCCCCAGAAUAAAGGUCUGAUUCCUUGGGGCACAGAUACUGGUCCCCCACAGUCAAAUCGAACAGGAAAUAAGUUUGAGGGAUUGCCUCAACAAUCAAGUACUGGAACUGGAACCACAAAAACUGCCUUAGGUCCACGAGUGCUUCCAAAGCUACCUCAAAAAGUGUCUCUGAGAAAAAUCGAUAGUAUCCAUCACAGUUCAGUAGACAAAUCAAGUCCAGACACUUUUCAGAAGCCACAUCCAGGAGACCUGACUCAGAAAUCACAUGUGGAAGAACUGCCCCAGAAGCCGCAUCCGGGCGACCUGCCCCAGAAGCCGCAUCUGGGCGACCUGCCCCAGAAGCCGCAUCCGGGCGACCUGCCCCAGAAGCCGCAUCCGGGCGACCUGCCCCAGAAGCCGCAUCCGGGCGACCUUCCCCAGAAGCCGCAUCCGGGCGACCUGCCCCAGAAGCCCCAUCCGGGCGACCUGCCCCAGAAGCCGCAUCCGGGAGACCUGCCCCAAAAACCCAAAGAUCUGCCUCCAAAACCACAGCCAGGAGAAAUUCCUCAAAAACCCCACAUAGGAGAAGUCAUCCAAAAGUCCCAGCCUGGGGAGGUGUCCCAGAAGCCACAGGCUCAAGAGAUUUCUCCAAAACCACAGUCAAGGGACAUGCUGCAGAAACAGCCAUCUGAAGAUGCAAAUGGUACAUCUCCCCUUUUACCUGAAACCCCUGUACCCCUACCACGCAAGAUAAAUACAGCAAAGAACAAAAUCCGCCGAGUAAAAACCAUAUAUGACUGCCAAGCUGACAAUGACGAUGAACUUACCUUUAUUGAGGGAGAAGUGAUUGUUGUAACCGGUGAAGAGGACCAGGAGUGGUGGAUUGGCUAUAUUGAGGGGCAACCUGACAGAAGUGGUGUCUUUCCAGUGUCCUUCGUGCACAUUUUAUCUGAUUAACAUCCUACGAUCUCCAACGUCACAGAUUCACAACUGUGGAUGCUUCCAUCUGAUGUUGUAAAGUGGCUGAAACUUGCUUAUUCCUGUGCAUAUUUUGUACAUAGAUGAUCAAGAAAAUCAUUUGAAACCCACCUUGUGAGGUGACUGUAAAUAUUGUUACUUGCCUUUGCCAGUAUUAUAAUAGCCUUGGAACCAGGCACACCAUAUCUGGUGUACUGCAGCCAUCCAUGGCAACUAGCACUUACUAAUAUUACCUAUGCUGUUGAUGGGAUACAUCUGCCUGCUUGUCAGAUUUAUAGGCAGCCUCAUUUAGUAAUUUAACUAUAUAAGCUUGACUUUUGUUCUUGACAUCAUCUCAGUAUUCUAAAUAAAGUUAAAAAUAGUGGUUUUGCUGAGAAUAGGUUCAGGUUUCAGUUUGCACUGAUCCUUUUUGUCCUUCUGCUUUUAACAUGGAUGCUGCGCAUACUCUCUUAAUGUACUCAUGGGAUUAUAUGUGGUUUUGAUUGUAAGUGAUCAGACAAAGUUACUUGAGAAUGAAUGACUGGGAAACUUGUUAAAGUUUCUUUUACCUCAUCUGAGGGCCGUGUUGAGACCUCGUAAGGAUUUACAACCUGUUACAGAUAAAAAUCUGUUGACAGAUGGAAGCUACUAUAAAAACAGCCUUUAAGACGAUCCGUUGAGAAUAAUUGAAAAUUCAAAAUUUAUUUUCAGUUCUUCCAGGUCUGCUGUUAGGGAUUGAAAGCAGUGCUUGCAUAACCCUUUUGAGGGUUAGGUUUUCUGGGAUGGAAAAUUUCCAUUUCUGUCUUACCUAUUGACUUUUUAAAUGUUAUUAACCUAAAUAAAUAGGUUAAGUUCUAUCUCAAUCAUCAUUUCAUUGUAUUGGUUUAAUUUAUACUAAGAUUUGGAAAUCUCUGAAGAGUCUAUGAUUUUAGAUAUGGUUGGUCGAAUUACAGGACAUUAGCACAAACAAGUCCAGUUUUAGCUGUCAUGAAAAGGAACCUCACUGCCUCCUGCAACAGAAAUGGAUGGCCUUAACUCUUCGCAGUGGUAACAACACCUAGGAGAGUAGGUCCUCAAAAGUUGAUGUUUAGUCACAGAUGCUCAUUCAAGCAGUAAACAGUGCAAAAGCAACUGUACAUAUAUUAUCCAAUGUGUGCAGUUAUCAAUUUUAAAUAUAUACAUUGUAUUACAUAUGUUUACAACAUUUGAAAUAGUACAUCAUUGCAUGUAAAACUGUAAGCUGAAGAUACUGUUCUAAUACUUGCUAAUUCUCCCUCUUUGUUCUUUUAAAUACGUUACCAUUGGACACUAUAAAAGUGCAGUUUCAUUGCAUGUAUGACUUUGACAUUUACUGUUUCAGAUGCAGCAUACAUUUACAUGAAACAGAUCUUGACUUUGAAUAUAUUAACUUAAAUCAUUGUAUGAAUAAUUGACCUUUCUUGAGGGAGAGGGGACUAUAUAUGUUUUUAAACAAAAUACUUACUAAUUCAAACAGAUUACUUCUGUUCUGUGUCAUAGAGAAUGAAUUGCAUUCUUUACACAAUUCUUACACUGCUUGGAGAACAAAAGUGACAGUGACUCUUUAGGUUGCUUAAGGCUUCAGUAACUAUACUGCUUCAUAUUCAUUGCUGAAAUUCAUUUUAGAGACCAAAAAAAAACACAUUCUGUAAGGAGUCUACUUACAUUUCGUACCUGGCUAAGAAAAAGGUAGAUUUUGAUAUGAUUCUUAAAAUAUUUGGUUAGUUAGUGUGAAGUUAAGCUUAACUCUAAUGACAACUGACUAUAUUCUUUAAAAGGAUGUAAUUUAAUUCUUAAUAAAAAGGUACUUAUUUCAAGUAAGUUUAGAUAAAGAGUAAAUAAUUAAAUUGAAUUACCUGUAUUAAGCCUUCUGGCCUGGUGCCACAGUGGUCUUGUACAAUACUGAACUGUUACCAGUACACUUACGUUGAAAUGUUCAGUUCCACAGAAUGUGGAUAGGCCCCAAAUCUUAACCAGAAAUUUGAAAUUUUCAGUUUUUAAUUUUUUCUUCAUUUUGAUUUCAAGUGGAAGUGUGAACAAGCUAUCGAUGGUGGACUUUGUAAUAAGUUCAUUUACAGGUAGUUGCCAUAGUUAAUGCAUCAGAUUGCCAGAGUUUGUUACAACUCAGUGCAUAAUCAUCAACAGCUGAAGAUAAAUAUUUGAUUGAUCACAUUCAGAAAUAUGAACAGAUUAUGCAUCAAGCUACAAUUCUGCUACUGUUUAUAAAUGGAUAACUUCUAACAAUGAUAAACAACUUGCAGAUUUUAGUACUUUGCUCUGGUUCUUUCAAUGAUGUAUCUAUCUUAUCCUUGAUUAGACUUCCCCUUAAUUAUGUACUCAGUAAAUCAGGUGGUACAGUCAACCUACUGAAUGUAAAAGGUGUGCUAUAUAACCACAGCUUACUCUAUCACAUGUUUGCAUUCUUUAUGUACAAAAAUUGCUACGGAAAGAUAAGCAAAAUAUUUAUGUUCCAAUGUUAUAUUGCAACAUAAAAUCCUAUUAAGUAUUAUAAACUGAAUGAAUUUACUUUCUCAUUUGUUCCAUCAAAAUUGCAAAAACUGGAUAUAUCCUAUGUAUAUGUUUUCCAUUACCCAAGGCCUAUACAGCAAAUCAGUCAAAGUAUUGUCAACCAUUAGGGCAAAAUUUUGUUAAUUACUCAAUAAUUUGGCGUUAAUUUCACUAUUAGAAUUAUCAAACAACAGAAAUGGCAUGAAACAAUUCAAUCACUUGAAUUGCAGACUUUCAAUUCAUAAGAAAAGUUUAAUCACUAACUCUGCCUUAAAUAUAUACAAUUGACAUUGUAUUUUGAAAGUGUCAGUUUGUUAGCGAGUUUUGAGAAGAUUUGUAGCUCAGGUUGAGGUUCUGGAUGUAAGUUUGCUCGCAGAGCUGGAAGGUUUGUUUUCAGACAUUU